UUUUCCGAGAUGCGUUUGUUGUUGAGGAGUAUUGACAAAUGGUCCCCAUCAUCACCCAUGCAGGCAGCACGGGAGUCCGUCAUGGGCAGCACACGCACGCGUCGGCCAGACAGACACAGAGCUGCAGUCAUUCAACUUCACUCGCCCGUCGUUCUGUCCGUCGUGCCUGCCAUGCCUACGUACGUCGUGCGCUGUACCAUCCAUCCAUCCAAUCAGUACGUAUAUAGCCAGUGAUCGAGUAAGAAAGACACCUUGAAGCAAGGAACUGAGUGAGGGAGUGAGGCAGUCAGGUUAAAAGCGCAGUGUCAUUCAUUCAUCAUGAUGUAUGAGAUAGACGAGAGACACAAACAAGAAGUGGCAAGCAAGCAGGCACAUCCACACAGGCAGGCAGGCAGGCAGGCAGACAAACACAUGACUCGACUCGUCGGGCUCUCCGCCUUUAUGCCAUCCAGCCCCCUCCCCACCCCUCCCCUCCCCUCAGCUGUUAGGUAGUGCGCCAGCCUCUCCCUCCCCCUCCCCGUCCCCCCUCUCUCUGUAAAAGUGUCUGUCACACAUCAAUCAACUAAACCACCGACAGAGUUGCCAGGACCAUACAUUCAUUCACGGCCAAUGGCUGGAAACACAACACCCUCACGCAAUCAUGCCGCUAGCUAGCUGUGGGUGUGUUCCCUCCCAUAGUGGGUGGCCCUCUGCAUGAGCACAAAAGAGUGAGUGAGUUUUGAGCGAGCUAGCGAGUGGGAGACCUGUGUGUGUGGUAGUGAUGAAUUGAAUUGUUAGCACUACUGGUAGAGUGGUCUGUCAGCGUGGGUGAGUUGGCGGCUUCCCGUGGUUGUGUUGGCGCACAAGGCUGUAUGUAUUUGAUAUUCUUAUCAGUCAGUAAAGAAGUCAGGUUAGCUAAGGCAAGGCAGUCAGGUCAGGUCAGGUCAGGCAAGUCGAUCGAUCUGUCGGUUGGUUGGCUCGGAAUGCACACACGUAGCACGGGUGCGUGCAUGUCCGUUGGUCGCCUCUUCAGUCCACCAAACAGACACACACGCACAUCACAUACGCACACGUGCAACCCAACCAAGGCUAGGCUAGGCUAGACAGACAGACAGACAGGCAGGAAGCGGAGCGGGGGAGCGAGUGGGAAGGUUUGCAAUGCAGACAUACAUUCACAGCAAGCAAAGGAAAGUCACUCAGUCAGUCUGGCCAUGAAAAAGAGCUGAGCCACUGGCAGGCAGGCAGGCAGGCAGGGCGGGCAGUCAGUCAGUCGUUGCGGGGUCCCCCUCCCUCCCUCCCUCAUUCCACCACUCACUCGGCCACACUACGCACCCACGCACAUCCAUCCAUCCAUCCACGCACACAUGACACCCAUCAGUCCGCCCCCUUGUGUCUCCCUCCCUCCCUCCCUCCCUCGGUCACCCGCUUUAUGGUACACGAGCUCACCCACACCAUACACACAAUGCGUGCAAUCAAACCAGGGAAGAGGAGGAGGAAGAGAAGGCAGUGGGACCACUAGGCAGUCAGGAGGAGGCGAAGGGACGGACAUACGCGAGUGACUGGGUGAGUGGGCGGUGGGUGCGUGUCUGUCUGUCUGUCUGUCAUUGCUCGCUCUCUACGCAUAUAGCCAUUGCAUCAAAAACCUGUCUGCUCGCCUGCCUGCGUCUGGCAGGCAGGCAAGGCAGACACACAUCGAGAGAGACAAUCAGACGAACAAGACUGACACCAACCAAUGUUUGCCGCCUACCACCCACCCACCCACAGCCCCACCACACCCGCUCGCCACCCACCAAUCACCUCCCCUCACCCAAUCCAAUCAGUCAGCCCCCCCGCCCGCCAGGAAAACAUCAUGCCUGCGUAUCGUAUAUGAUGUCGAUCGACGCAUGCAUGUACGCAGCAGUGUGCAUUGAUUGCAUUGCAUUGUUGGUGGAAUGGAAAGAAACAUCCCUGCCUGUGCGAAAAGUCUAGAAAGAAAGAGAGACUCGGUGGGCAGGACAGGGCAGGGCAGGGGGGAGUGGGAGGUUCGGGGGUGUGGGGGUGGGAUGGGGUCGGGAGGGGCCGGUAGGUGGGCAUAGUGAGUGGCAGAGAGUCGACGAGCGAGCGAGCGAGCGAUCCAUCUGUCCAUCACACACGAACGAAUCAAUGGCUGGGUCAGGCAUGCAUCGGUCUGUCCUGUCCGCUUGCCCGUCGCCAUACACACACGCGCACACGCGCACAUAUCAUACGCACGCACGCAUGAAUGGAUGAAUGGAGGAGAGGAUGCACGCCACGCCCUGUGUGUCCUGUUUGUCUGUCUGCUGAUCGGUCAACCGAGCAGCCGAGCAGCCGAGCAGUCAGUCAGUCAGUCAGGAUCUCAGUCAGUAUCAGUAUUGUGUUGUGAAUAUGUGUGUGGGAAGCAUCUGUCUGUGUGUCUAUGCCCGCGCCACUUCCUCCUCGUCGGACGCCUUGGGAAGCGCCCGCCUGUCCCGCUCGUCCGCCGUGUUGCGGCGGCGGUCCUUGUCAUGGUGGUUUUGCUGACACACACAUACACACACAUCAACACACGCAGAGAGAGAGAGAGAGAGAGUGGGCGGUGUGUCGUCUCUCUCUGUGUUGUUUGUCUGUUUGCAUGCUCAUUUACGUAGUUGAGUAUGGUCCAGUCGAAGAUGAAGUCGUAUUGGUAUCCCUCCCGGAAGAAGAGGUCCUUGAAGAGGCGGCGCAGGUAGGCGUAGUCCGGGCGGUCCUCAAAGCGCAGGCUGCGGCAGUAGUUCAAAUACGUCAUGAACUCGACUAUUCAAUGUAUUACACACACACACACACAUCAACACAUCGACACAUCAAACCAUCAAACCAUCAAACCAAACCACACAAUACAAGACAAGACACACACAUGCGCCGCACCGGCCUCUCGUGUGAGUGCUGCUGUGCUGUGCUGUGUGUGAGCAUAUCUAUCAUACAUGGGAAGUGUUUGCAGAGUAUUUCGAUGGGCGUGGACAUUUUCUUCUCCAUGAUCUUCUCGUACUUCUCCUUCUUGGAGUUGGCCUUGAGCCCCUGCCACGGCAGACACCCACGGUUGAAGUACAUCAACACGUAACCCAACGCCUCCAAAUCGUCGCUGAAUGCAUUACACACAUACCAUACCAUACCAUACGCACACAACGCAAUAUGACACACAUGUGUGAUGUGGUGUCUGGCCGGUUGGUUGGUUGGUAGGUGUGGUUACUUACCGUCGCGACUGUUCGAUUCCGAGGUGUGUGUUGAUGGAUGCGUAUCGAGCGGUGCCGGUGAGGUUCUUGUUUUCGCGGUAGGGGAUGUGCUGCUGCGUCUUGGGGUCGCGGUACUUCUUGGCCAAUCCGAAAUCGAUGAUGUACACAACCUGAGCGAUGGAUGCGAUGCGAUGGGCCGAUCGAAUCGACGGACACACAACACACAACACAACACACAAGCAGGGCAGACAGAGAGGGAGGGGAGGGGAGGGCCAUGAUGCUGAUCUUGUCGUAUCGUGUCUUCUGUGUAUGUCCCUCCUCCUGUCUUUCGCUCUCUCACACAGGUACGUACCUGUGCCUUCUUGCCGAGUCCGAUGAGGAAGUUGUCGGGCUUGAUAUCGCGAUGGAUGAAGUUCUUGGCGUGGAUGUACUCGAUGCGGUUCAACUACACACACCAACACAAACAUAACACAAUAAAUGAAUAAUACGCCAAACAAUCGCGGGCCGGGCCGGCAUGUGUGUGCGUGUGUGUGCGGUGUGUGGAUGUGAUGUAUGUGGCCCAUGUGAUGUGUGUCCGCACCAACCAUUUGGUCGGCGAGCAUGAGUGCGGUUUUGAGUGAGAAUUUGCGGUUGCAGAAGGUGAAGAGGUCCUCGAGGGAGGGGCCCAGGAGGUCAAUCACCAUCACGUUGUAGUCGCCCUCGAUGCCGUACCAGUGAACCGUCGGAAUGCCAACUGACACAGACAGACAGACAGGGGCAUCACAUCACACAGGGGGGGCUUCAUCUUGCAAGCGUGUCCUGUGUGUGAUGUGGCGGUAAUGGCUUACCGCCGCCCGCGAGUAUCUUAUACAGUUUCGACUCAUAGAGGAGCUGGGGGUGCUUGGACUUGAUCGACUCCUGACGCGCACACACGCACACAUACGGGUACACCGAGACAGACAGACAGACAGACGCCACCAGACAAGCAAAACAACCAAAUGAGCGACGCACGACCCCGGCAAACGAGGCAUCGUACCCGUCCUCUCUCUGUGCAACCGUGGCUGUGUCCCGUCCUGUCUUUCAUCGCUGCCUGGCGUGUGCGUGUCGCUUCACUAGGUCGGCCUUCUCUCACCAGUUUGAUGGCCACCUCCUCUCCCGUAGCGAUAUUGGUUCCUGACAGACACGCCCAACACUCCAUAGCCCCUCUCCCUCUGCACGUCGCUCCCCGCCUCCCUCCCUCCCUGGCCCAUUAGCCCCAGUGUGUGUGUUCGGCUGUUACCGAUAUAGAUGUCUCCGAAUGAGCCGCCGCCGAUCUUCCGGCCGAGGCGGUACUUGCCUCCCACGCGGACCUCCAUCGUGAGAGCGCAACGCUACACCCGACCAACCGGAGCUACAGGGUUAAAGCACACAGUGCCAGCCAGGCCCAGCUGCCUCCAGCCGGCUCACAAAC